AUGCUGCCUUGCCUCAUUUCGGGCGCUUUGCCCGUGGCGUUGCUGGUCUUCUCCGGGGCUGUAGAUGCAGCGUAUUCAAUCGACACAAGAGAAGAUAUCCUUACAACCGCAAGCACACUGGCCUACGAUCUCAUGAAAUUCUACGAUGGAAAUCAAACAGGCAAAAUCCCCGGCAUUUUGCCAGGACCACCAGACUCUGGCACCGGUGAUUACUACUGGUGGCAGGGCGGCGCCAUGAUGGGGACCUAUGUUGACUAUUGGUAUUAUACGGGCGACGACAGCUACAACCACGUUAUUACAGAAGGAAUGCUGCAUCAGACAGGAAGCGACCGCGAUUACAUGCCUCAAAACCACACCCUCUCUCUCGGCAACGAUGACCAAGGAUUCUGGGGCAUGACGGCAAUGCUCGCGGCCGAGAACAAGUUUCCCGAUCCGCCGGAAGACAAACCACAAUGGCUCGCCCUCGCACAAGCCGUAUGGACAACCCAAGCGGAUCCCGAAAGACACGACAGCACCUGCGGUGGUGGCAUGCGUUGGCAGGUACCCAGAACCAACGUAGGUUACGACUACAAGAAUACCAUCUCGAACGGCUGCUUCUUCAACAUCGGCGCCCGCCUGGCUCGGUAUACCGGCAACGAUACGUACGCCCGAUACGCAGAAGAAACUUGGGAUUGGCUGUGGGCUGUAAAUUACAUUGACCAUGAGAAUUGGAGAGUGUAUGACGGCGGCCAUGUUCCUCAAAACUGUACAAACAUCUUCAAGGCUACCUUUUCCUACAACAUUGGUGUUCUGAUGCAGGGCUGUGCUUUCCUCGCUAACUAUACGGGAGAGCAAAAGUGGCUCGACCGCACCCAAGCCUUGGCGAACCGCGCGAUCGAAGACUUCUUCGCUGAUGGCGCUGCCUAUGAGAUUCCUUGCGAAUUUGAAACCGGACGCUGCUCACAGGACAUGCUGAGCUUCAAAGGCUAUCUCCACCGCUGGAUGACUGUAGUAACACAGCUCGUGCCCUCGACGCGUGAUCUCAUCAUGCCAGUCUUGCGCAACUCGACAGCAUCGGCUAUCAGACAGUGCACCGGUGGCGCGACGGGGCGAGUCUGUGGUUUCUACUGGACGAGAGGCGAGUUCAUCGACCCGGCAGUAGACAAGACAAGCGGUGCCGGUGAGGCCAUGAACGUACUGGCGGCAGUACAAAGCCUUUUGGAGGUCAGCCCUCCGGCUACGAAUGAUACUGGUGGUACCUCCAAGGGCGAUCCAAAUGCCGGUUUAAACUCGAAUCCUUUCAAGGAACCUUCACCUAUAACCACUGGCGACCGUGCCGGUGCUGGUAUCCUGACGGUUGUUGUCCUUGUUAGUGCUGUGGCUAUAUGGGGUUGGAUGUCAAUUCCCCACGCAGAAUGGAAUGAGACCAAGAACAAAGAGAAAGAGAAGAUCAGUCCGAAAAGCACGCAUCUCAAUGUCUCGCAAGAAAGCGUCGCUCCGGCUAAUGUGGUAAGCUAG